GGAGGAGCGUAGAAACAUAAAACAACACAAACAAAACGCAUUUGUGAGCGUGAGUGUGUGUGUGUGUAUGCGUCAGUGCAUGCAUAGCUGCAGCGUAAGACCCGACAAUGAUGAAUCACUUACACCAAAUGCAUCUUUUCUGGUUCCCGUUCGGAUAUGGGCUGCUUAGGUAGUAAAGACCGGCUGUCCAAGGAGGACAUGGACUUUCUUAAAUCGCACACUCGAUACGAUGAGUCUACGAUUAAGGAGUGGUACAAAGGCUUCAAGCAAGAUUGUCCAAAUGGCAAGCUAACGCCAGCGAAGUUUGUAGAUAUGUACAAAAUGUUCUUCCCGUCUGGAAAUGCAGAAGAGUUUUGCGAUCACGUGUUUCGAACGUUCGAUAUGGAUAAAAACGGUUAUAUCGAUUUUAAGGAAUUUUUGUUAGCUAUUGAUGUAACCUCAAGCGGCACACCGGAAGAGAAGCUAAAAUGGGCAUUUAGAAUGUACGAUGUGGACGGUAACGGCGUAAUAGACAUCCAAGAAAUGACUAAAAUAGUACAGGCAAUAUAUGACAUGCUGGGCGCGUGUUCGUCGAACAAACCGGCCGACUCGGCGGAGGAGCGCGCGAAAAACAUCUUCGCCAAGAUGGAUGAAAAUAACGACGGUCAGCUGACGCAGGACGAGUUCCUCAAGGGUUGCCUGCAGGAUGAGGAACUUUCCAAGAUGCUGGCACCCUAAGGCGGGCCGUUUGCGUACCGGACCCAUCAUUGCCAUACAUAAGACACCAUACAAUCAUUCUUGUUUUUUUUGUUUUUCAAUUGUCGUUGCACACAACAACACAUCGUAGCGCACGAAACACGAUCAAACGAGCGGACAGAAACAUACAAUGCGGAGAAAUUCGUACAGUGAAGCAACAUUCAUUCUCGGUGGCAUACAGCACUGGCUAAGCGGAAAAAAGUGAAGAAAGAACAAGAAAUAAAUAUAAGGGAUGAAGAAGAGUCGGGAAAAAGUAAAACAAUCCAGGAGCAAAACGAUAGAUUAUUGUGAAAUGAUGAAAUGCGACGAGGCGAAGCAAAGCAUAAUUAAAAGAAGAGAUGAAGUACUAUAUAUAAAAGAUAGAUAUAUAUACACACACACAUAUAUAUAUAUAUUUAGAAGAAAUUAGCGAAGCAAAACGAUCGAACAUCAUACAAAAUGAUAGACCAGUGCGCGCGACUCGCACCAGAAGGAAUGCCUACGACAAUGGGCCGAAACUGCUGGGUGGGCGUCGCGAGAACUCAAACACUCAGAAAUGCGUCCGAAACAACCGA